UCCAACGCGUCUCCUUCAUUUAUUUAUUUAUUUUAAUGUUCAAUUUUUUUAAGAAAAUUCUCGCAAGCGUUUUUUUGUUUUUCCUCUUAUUAUGCUUUAAAUGUUUCAAACUGGCCGAGAAAAGAAAUCGCGAAAUCUUUUUGAAUUUCUUGAAAUGUAGUGCGUCCCGCAAAGCAUUCAUGGAGGCGACUGGUUAAUAAGCUGCAAGAUGUGGUUAUUGUUUUGAUCGUUAAUGACAGAAUGCCAGAUUUUUUCCUUUCUUGUUGGUGUAGUUUCUGUUUGAUGUGCUUUUGAAUUUUAGUUUCUACUGAGGGUUUUAGUAUUAGUUCAGAGUUCUUCUCUUUCGAAGUGUUUCUUGUAUAGCUUUCUGUUUGCUUUUCGAUGCUGUUUUGCUACCUUCAGUUCAUGGAUUUUGCUUGAACUAGGGAUUUUCUUUCGGGAUGAGCUCCUCAAUAUUGUAGGAUCCACGUCGAUUUUUUUUUUUUUAAUAGAAAAAUUGAAGUUUGAUGUUGAAGUAAGUAAAAUGCCGAGUAUCAGAGCUCCAGCUACAAAGAAAACCACUACUCUCACGGUUGCCGUAAAAUGUAGGCCAUUAAUGGAAAGAGAACGUGGCCGUGACAUUGUCAGAGUUAACGACAGCAAGAAGGUGACUGUGUUGGAUCCUGACUUGUCAAAAGAUUACCUUGAACGCAUACAGAAUCGAACCAAAGAGAAGAAGUACUGUUUUGAUCACGCCUUUGGGCCUGAUUGUACGAACAAGGUUGUAUAUGCAAAAAGUAUAUGUUCUAUAAUCUCUGGUGUUGUUCAAGGUCUUAAUGCGACUGUUUUUGCCUAUGGUUCAACUGGAAGUGGUAAAACAUAUACAAUGGUUGGGACCCAGGAUGAUCCUGGUCUUAUGGUUCUCAGUUUGCAUACAAUUUUUGACCUCAUAAAAAAAGACAAAAGCUCUGAUGAAUUUGAAGUCUCUUGUUCCUACCUUGAAGUCUACAAUGAAGUUAUCUAUGAUUUACUUGAGAAAUCAUCAGGUCAUUUGGAGCUUCGAGAGGAUCCAGAGAAGGGGAUAAUUGUUGCUGGCCUAAGAUGUAUUAAGGUACACUCUGCCGAUAGAAUUCUUGAACUUCUAAAUUUGGGGAAUAGUCGGAGGAAAACAGAGAGCACAGAAGCUAAUGUAACAUCAUCAAGAUCACAUGCUGUCUUGGAGAUUACCGUGAAAAGGAAACAGAGAAACAAGUACCGAAAUCAAGUCAUGCGAGGAAAACUUGCUCUUGUUGAUCUAGCUGGGAGUGAAAGAGCUUCAGAAACAAAUAUAGGAGGCCAAAAACUAAGGGAUGGUGCUAACAUUAAUCGCUCACUUCUUGCUUUAGCAAAUUGCAUCAAUGCUCUUGGUAAACAACAGAAGAAAGGUCUUGCUUAUGUCCCGUAUCGCAAUAGCAAGCUUACUCGGAUACUUAAGGAUGGCCUGAGUGGUAAUUCUCAAACUGUGAUGGUUGCUACAGUAUCACCUGCAGAUAGUCAGUAUCACCACACGGUGAAUACCUUGAAAUAUGCAGAUCGAGCAAAGGAAAUAAAGACACAUAUUCAGAAAAACAUUGGCACAGUCGAUACACAUGUAUUAGAUUAUCAACGGAUGAUUGACAGUCUUCAGAUUGAGGUUUGCCGGCUGAAGAAGGAGCUAGCUGAAAAGGAAUCACAGCUAAGUAUCAAACCUGCUGAAAGGGCUGCUGAUGAUGAGCUUUCUUGGUUGGAUGUUUUGAGCCAUGAAAUAAAUGAAAAUGUUCAGGAACGAAUCAAUUUACAGAAAGCAUUAUUUGAGCUUGAGGAAACUAACCUUCGUAACCGCACUGAACUCCAACAUCUUGAUGAUGCUAUUGCAAAACAGCAGGGUUUAGAAAAGGAUCAAGCAACUGUGGAGGGUCUGAGAGGUAGGAGACAAGUUAUUCUUGAUAAUAUCCGUGAUAAUGAUGAGUCUGGUGUCAAUUACCAUAAGGAAAUUGAAGCAAAUGAGAAGCAGAGAUGCCAGCUUCAAGAUAUGAUUGAGGAAGCCAUUAGUAACAAUGGAAACAAAACCUAUCUACGAAUUCUCAGCCAAUACAGGCUCCUGGGAAUGGCUAAUACUGAGCUCCAGUUUGAAAUGGCAAUGAGGGAUCAAAUCAUUCACAACCAACGGGAAGCACAAAGGAAGCUCUGGAAUUUGCUCAUGGGAUUAGGGCUUAAUGAAAAAGAAAUACUAGAAAUUGCAGCGAAGCAGGGAGUGACAAUUGAAAACUGGAGUUCAGACAGGAAGCAGUCACCAAGUUUUGCUUGUGGCGGAUGUACUCCUUUCAGAAAUGGUCAUUUUACUGGACAGAUGUAUUCUGGAUCGUCUUGUUCAUCCCAGAGCUAUCAAGACUUUGGUUCUAGAUCACUUUCUAGAGAACAUUUGGAUCCAACUCUUACAUUUCUCAAGGAGGAGCACGAU